AUGAAUUCUCUUUGGGUUAUAGGUAUGCCAAAGCCGACGACAGCAGCAGUGGUGACAACAGCAACGGUAACAGCAGCAACGGUGACAGCAGCAAUGAUGACAGCGUCAACCACUCAAUGUAAUACUAUAUUUACUGGUCAAACGACCUAUUCAACUGGCUCUUACCCUGUGUCUCUAAAGGCAGUCGACGUCAAUAGCGACGACAAACUCGACAUUAUUGUCGCAAACUACGGUUCGAACAAUGUCGGUGUUCUCCUCAACACAGGCGACGGCACGUUUUCUGCUCAAACGAUCUAUUCAACUGAUUCUGGCCCUUACUCUGUGGCAGCAGCCGAUGUCAAUGGCGACAACAAACCCGACAUUAUUGUCGCAAGCUUCGAUUCAAACAAUGUCGGUGUUCUCCUCAACACAGGCAACGGCACGUUUUCUGCUCAAACGAUCUAUUCAACUGGCUCUAGCCCGGUCUGUAUGGCAGCAGCUGAUGUCAAUGGCGACAGCAAACCCGACAUAAUUGUCGCAAACUACGACUCGAACAAUGUGGGUGUUUUUUUGAAUUAUUACUGA